AAGAUAGAAGAUGGCGACCAGCUCGGAGCGCAGUCCUCCUCCGUUCCCCGACUCCGAGGACCAAGAUGUGCUGGACCCCGAAGACGUCGGAGGCCGAGACAGUGAUGAAGAGGACGGGGAGGACCUCUUCCUCAGCCCGAGCGACACUCCACUGGUCGACCUGGACACCACACUGCCUCCUGCCAAUCAACCUAUUGAUGUUUUAAUGACUCCUCCCUCAGACAUCAUGAGCGAUCUCUUAAUCGAGCCUGUCAGCAGCCAAGCAGAAAUCAAAUCGGCAAGUGAAGUUGUCAGUGAGCCCUCGGAUGAUUUUGUUGACCUAACAAACAACGUAACCGAAGAGGCUGCUGACAAUGUUGCAGCUCAAGACACGGCUAUAAUCUCUUUAGACGAACCCUCGGAUGAUUUUGUCGACCUACUGGGAAGUGAAACUGAGGCACUGCAAGAGGAAGUUGUAAUAGUAGAUGCCCCUGCUGACACAGCAACGGAUAAAAGUGAAGUGACGGGCAGUGAUCCAGAUCCACCUGGCGAAGGAAAAGAGGAAGUAGAGGAAGCUUCCACUGCUGCAGUUUUUGACAUCAUUGGGGAUUCAGGUGGUGAAUCAGACAGCAACACACAACAGCCACCUGGCAUUGCCACAUUUGUUGACCCCCUGGUUGACCUCCUUAGUGAUGCACCACCCACUGCUGAGGCCAAAAAACCCAGCAUGGCAACAAUUGACUUGUUCAAUGAGGAGGAGGAGGGAAGCGACCUGUUUGCAGACCCGCUGCUGACUACAUCUGACUACAAGCAGCCGCAGAAGAGCCUCUUCGGUGAACCCGACGAGGAUCUUUUUGGUGAGCCGCUGGGUGCCACUUCAAAGAAAACCAUCAAUAGAGAGCAGAAGGACAAAACGGUCACAACCAAAGCUGCUGCUGUUGGUGGUGGCGUCAGCAUAACUGGGCCUCUGCAAGAGAUCAACCCUGCAGAAGCCGGGGAUAUCUUCACCGAAGAAGCCUUCGCCACUGCGCCCAGUGUCAGCAACACCAGCACCGUCAACUCCAAGACCAACGGAGUCCACUCUGAAGAGGAGACGGACAUCUUUGCUGAAGCCACAGUGGAACUUUCUCUUGACAGCCCACGGAGCGAGAGGAAGAAGGAGGUGACGGCCAAACCGUCUGCGCCCGCCCCCUCGCUGUCAGCAACUGCCAGCCUGGCCAAGCCCCAGUCUGCUGCCCUCGAGGAGAUGGAUGAAGAUGAAGAAGAGGAGCAGGAAGACAAAUUUGAAAUCUUUGUCUCUGUCAAAGACCCUGAAAAAAUAGGUGAUGGGAUGAAUGCUUACAUGGCCUACAAAUUAUCCACACAGACCACACUGCCCAUGUUCCGCAACAAAAACUUUACAGUGAGGCGACGCUUCAGCGACUUCCUCGGCCUCUAUGAGAAGCUUUCUGAAAAGCAUGGGCCAAAUGGUUGCAUUGUGCCUCCGCCGCCAGAGAAGAGCAUCUUGGGUAUGACAAAGAUGAAAGUAGGAAAGGAGGAUUCCUCAUCUGCAGACUUCAUUGAGAGAAGAAGAGGUGCUUUGGAGCGGUACGUCCAGAGGGUGGUAAAUCACCCAUCGCUUCUCCAAGAUCCAGAUGUCAGAGAGUUCCUGGAGAGAGAGGAGUUGCCCAGAGCGGUGAGCACCCAGGCUCUGAGCGGCGCCGGCUUCCUGAAAAUGAUAAACAAAGCAACGGAUGCUGUCAGUAAAAUGACCAUCAAGAUGAACGAGUCCGAUGUGUGGUUUGAGGAUAAGCUGCAGGAGGUGGAGUCUGCAGACCAGCAGUUCAGGAAGCUCCACGCUCUGGUCGAAUCCCUGGUCGUCCACAGGAAAGAGCUGUCCUUGAACACAGCGAGCUUUGCCAAGAGUGCAGCCAUGCUGGGCAGCGCAGAGGACAACACGGCUCUGUCCCGAGCUCUGUCCCAGCUGGCAGAGGUGGAGGACAAAAUGGAGCAGCUACACCAGGACCAGGCUUCAAACGACACCUUCAGCUUCGCCGAGCUCAUCGCCGACUUCAUCCGUCUGCUCGGAGCCGUGAGGGGGUCGUUUGAUCACCGGAUUAAGUCGUGGCAGCGUUGGCAGGACGGUCAGGCCAUGCUGCAGAAGAAGAGGGAGACCGAGGCCAAACUGCUGUGGGCCAACAAGCCGGACAAACUGCAACUGGCCAAAGAGGAGAUCGCUGAGUGGGAGGCGAAGGUGACGCAGUAUGAGAGAGAGUUUGACAGAGUUUCUGCUACUGUGAGAAAGGAAGUCAUUCGCUUUGAGAAAGAAAAGGCCAAAAAUUUCAAACGACAGAUAAUCAAGUACUUGGAGUCUCUGCUUCAGUCUCAACAGCAGCUGAUAAAGUAUUGGGACGCUUUCUUACCAGAAGCAAAAGCAAUCGCAUAAUCCUCGAGCACCAGCCUUUUGGACGACGCAACAGGCUGCCUUCUUCUUAUACACUUUACCUCUUUUGCCUUUAAACCAAGGAGAACGCGUGAAUUGUAAAGGGAGAUACAAUCAACCUGUUUUUUUUAAUCACCUUUAACACAACGGCUCUGUAUCCUAUUGUAUUAAUAAUUGUAUAUUUCCAUAUAACCUUUCACAAAUAUUUUCUUACUAGAUGAAAAAAGUAUGCAAAUACAAAGAUACGGACGCUAUGAGAGGAGGUCAAAGUGUAGGUGAAUGAUUCCAUUGGUUUCCACACGAGGAGAAGGGAAAUGAGCCGAGUGCGUCGUCGUUCUCAGGAUUUUCUCCCUCACGUGAUCAGGAGCUCCCUCACAUCAGCAGUGGUUAAUCGUUUACAGCGCGGCCGCUCUCUCAUCACUUUUUUCUGGGGACCCAGAUGAUGAAAGUGGCCAAAAAAACUUUUUUUUUUUUCUUUGCUUUCAAAUGAUUAAAAGGGAUAAAAUAUCAGAUUGAUAUAUACGAAUUGUGAGGACUUCCACCUGGUGGAUUAACUUUUCUUUUUUCAGAUUUAAAAUACUAUUGAUGCUGAGGGGAUUGGGUGUCGGGUGAAGAGGCAUUAGAUUAGUAAACUCUACAGCUGUGGGUUGCAUCGUGCUGUUGGUGAAGCUUGUGGGUUUAAUGUUGUCGGAUUUGAUUUAAAUCAUUGU